AUGAAGUCGUUUGUCGCUUUAUUUGCACUCGUGGCUUACGCCAGUGCUGCUCCCCAGUUCCAACUGCAGCAGCAACAGUACCAAGGCCAGCAAAUCCCGAUCCUCAGGCAGACGCAGGAAGUCAAUUUUGAUGGUUCCUACCAAUUCAGCUACGAGACCGGAAAUGGUAUUGCUGCCCAAGAACAAGGUUACCUCAAAAACGCUGGGGUAAAGGACGCUGAGGCCCAAGUUGCCCAGGGAUCUUACAGCUACACAUCGCCCGAAGGCGUGCCUAUUACUGUAACAUACAUCGCUGAUGAGAACGGUUUCCGUGCAGAAGGUGCCCAUCUGCCCACACCUCCCCCGAUCCCAGAAGCGAUCGCCCGUGCCCUCCAAUACAUCCAGUCUCAGCCUCAGCAGCCGCAACAACCCUUCCAACAGCAACCUUUCCGCGGU